UUGCAAAACCAAACUAUAUUCCAAGAGCCAAGAAAAGGAUUUGAUAAGACUGAAGAUUAUUUAAAACACAAGGUCAGAAAUAGACCUGAAGGGACCAACUUGAUCAACAUGCAUAUUUUACAAGACACAACUACGGAGGAGUCCAUUUCAACUCCUCAGAUGAAGUUUAAAAAAGCUCGACUUGUAGAUGAUCUGCCUGAAAAAAUUGCUCUCAGGCCAGGUUUUCUGAAACUGGUGAAGAAGAAUAGAAUUCCUGUUGAUGCAACUGUGAAAGAGUCCAUGAAAGGUAACCAUAUAGGCAUCUACAAAUCAACAGAUGCUUUUGCCUUUGAUGAGGACAGCAGCAAUGAUGAACUCUCCCCAGAACAGCCACGAAGUGAAGACUCACAGGGUUUGAAUCCUUUCCCACAACACACAAAAGCCACAGAGCUCUCUUCAUCUGCCCCAUUGGAAAGCACUCAGGAUCAUACUUCUGGCUCUGAAAAUGAGAGAAAUGAACCAGUAUCACAUUCCAUCAACCAUUCAGACAACAUGAAGCAGGUGAAUGACACAUUGAACUCACCCAUCCAUAUGCCUGCUGUGGUAAAGUCUAAGUCCUUUUUUGACAGCAAGAACCGCCACAAAAAGCCAAAGGACUCCAAACCAAAAGUGAAGAAGCUAAAAUACCACCAGUACAUUCCACCUGACCAAAAGGCAGAAAAGUCUCCUCCACCUAUGGACUCUGCUUAUGCUAGGCUUCUGCAGCAACAACAGCUUUUUUUACAACUACAAAUUCUCAGCCAACAGCAACAGCAACAAAGAUUCAGCUACCCAGGGCAUCACCAAGCACAGCUAAAGGAACACAAUGAAGAGUUGAUCAGAAAUCCAAAUUCAUCAGUAUCCAUAAACAAUACAUCUCUAUCUCCUGUCAAAACCACUUUUUCUGGACAAACUGGCAUUUCUUCUCUCAAGCUGGGUCCUCUUCCAACAAAUCUGGAUGAUCUGAAGGUCUCUGAGUUAAGACAGCAACUUCGAAUAAGGGGACUACCUGUAUCAGGCACCAAAACAGCCCUCAUGAAUCGUCUUCGACCCUUUCAGGACUGCCCUGGGAACACAGUGCCAAACUUUAGUGACAUAACAACUCUAACUUUUCCUGUCAAUCCAACCAAUACUCUAACCAAUUAUCAGUCCUCAUUGACUAGUGUCUUACCCAAUGGGUUCUAUCACUUUGGUAGUACCAGUUCCACACCACCCAUUUCCCCAGCAUCAUCUGAUCUUUCAGUCACUGGCUCUCUACCAGAUACAUUCAAUGAUACUUCACCAUCAUUUGUUCUACAACCCUCUCCUGUCCACAUUUGUGCUGAGGAAAGCCUAAUGAACAAUAUCAAUGGGAGACGAAUCCAGUCUGAUUUAGAUGGGAUUGAUUCUGAAAAGGACAAAAUGUUAGUAGAGAAGCAAAAGGUGAUUAAUGAACUUACCAUAAGGCUACAGCAAGAACAAAGACAAGUGGAAGAACUGAGGAUGCAACUUCAGAAGCAGAAGAGGAAUAACAUCCCAGAGAAGAAACAGCUUUUCUUUGGUGUUCCCAUCAAGAAGGAAGACACUGUAUGCAGUUGUUCUUUUCCGGUGAAACAAACAUAUGUGAAAAUACAAAGUAGUAGUACAGAGAAACAACUAAGUACUUGUGAACCUGCCCAACUUUUUCCCCCAGUAAAGAGUCAUUGUGUAGAGUCUGUAGAACAGACAAAAGUGAUUUCUUCCACAUUUCUUAGCCCUCAGAAUUCUCCCCAACAUUCCCCAAUUGAAACUGUGGAAAGUCCACAGUGUAUAAGUCAGCCCCCAUCACCCAACAACCAUUACCUCCUCUCUUCAUCUUCUAGCUCUCAAGGAGAGAGGCAGAGUGGCCUCGCACAAACCUUCAGUCAAAUAUGCACAAUUCAGAUGGAUGCUUUACAUUCUUAUCAGGCAGGGCCAAAAUUUUCUAUUUAAUUCCCAACUAUUUCAAAGUCACAUUCAGGACUUUCAAAGAUAAUACAGCCUCCCACUUACGAAGAUGCAAUAAAGCAGCAAAUGACUCAAAGUCAGCAGAUGGAUGAACUCCUAGAUGUCCUCAUUGAAAGUGGAGAAAUGCCAGCAAAUGCCAAAGAAGAUCAUUCAUGUUUCCCAAAAGUGCAAAAAAUAACUGGAUCUUCUCAAAGUCUUCUCCACAAAUCCUCUGUUCCAUUUGAACAUAGUUCUCCAUCAACACAGCUCUCUUUUGAUCACUGCACAACUAAUGGUGACAAUCAUUUUGAAGUCCUAUUCAAUUCUCAUAGUCCCUUGAGCAAACUCAGCAGUGCCACACUUCUGAAAAUUGGAAUUGAGGAAUCUCAGUUUGAAGAGAUGAUGAAUAAAUUCUCUGACAAAGCAACAGAUGAACUUUUGGUUUCUCAUGAGAUUUUACCAGCUCCUCUCUCUCCCAUACAAUCUCAACUUUCACCUUCAUCCAUAGAUGGAACAGGUUUACAGCUGAGUUUAACAGAAUCUCCUUGGGAAACUAUGGAGUGGCUAGAUCUUACCCCACCAAGUUCCACAACAGACUUUAGUUCACUCACUGCCACAGACCCAAGCAUCUUCAACAGUGAUUUCUUGGAUAUUGCUGAUCUCAAUUUGAAUAGUACCAUGGACCUUCAUUUACAACAGUGGUAAAAUACUAGAUAUAUAAUUAUAAGUAUGAGCAUGGAAUACAUUAAAGGAAGAAAAAAUACCUAAUCACAAAUUUCUUAAUUAUUAACAGAAGAAAAAAUCAAACAGAAGCAAUGCAGGCUUUAAAUCCAUCCAGUGAGAAGAAAGGAGACUAUUAUAUAAUGUUUACCAACUAUUUAAUAGUGAGAAUGAUUCAAACUAUGACUUUCAUAGUUGGCUUUUUUAGUCAUUGGGUGCCAAGAAUGUCUCUCAGUGGAUUCUUCUCAGGCUUGAGUGUUGUCUCAUCUUCAAAUGAAACCCAUGCAUAAUAACUGGACAACUCAGCACAAAACAUAGAAAGGAAAAGAGAUUGCUUUAAGAACAAAGAGAGAAUCAUAAAAACUUUGUUCAGUACUUGAGAAAUGGAAUACCUUCAUAUUAUACAUAUUACUUAUUUGUUUUCCAGAGAUGAUAUUGCCUAUGCAUUAAUCUUGGAGGAAAUGCCUAGCUUCAUUAGGGAAAUCCUUUGAUAGCUUUUGAGCCAUUAGUGAAGAAGGACAAAGACCAUUUAAUUCCAAGAAAGCUAGGUCAUUAAAGCAGCUUUCAGCUUUUUCAGGGAAUAACUUCAGUCAGGAACAUAGGCCUUUUGUGGUCCUUGCUAAUAGCUGACAUGCCCAAAGGACCCAAGUCAAUCCUAGAAGUCCUGUUAAAUACCUUCUCCAUCCUCAAGCUCCAGCCAAGUAGCUACCAUGGUUCUUUAAGCAAAAGAACAGUGUAUGCAAGAUUAAGUGGGUUGAAAAGUCCAGUUUUUGCCCUCUAUAAAAGAAGGCAGUGGGAGGAAUUUGAUAUUAUACCCUCUAACUCAGAGGCGGGAGGAGGCUGAGGAAGGUGGGUUUGAGUCAGCAGAAUGGUAAUAAGAUAUGAGAUGCUGAACUUAAACUGUGAGGGAUAUCAGCAAUAGGAAGAAGCAGCUAAAGAAGGGUCAUUAUUUCAAUUAGGGGUAAGAAACAAUUUAGGGCUAUACUUUCUAAGGGUAAAGUCCUACAGGUUACUGUGUGGCCUUCUAACCGUAGUAGAAUUCUAUUUGUCACAAAACUCAAAUUUCAUUCUUAGCUCUCUUUUGGGGGAAGGGGGACCUAAUUCAUUAUUUUCUCUCUUCACUUUUCCUAAACUUUCUGUUUCCUUUAUUGUUCUCCUAAUCCUUUUUCUCUCUGCACCUCCCACCUUUUUAUUCCCACAACUUACUUAACUGAAAAGACAUUAUUGUUAUGAUCUGACAUAGCAACAAAAAUUUUUUGAGAAUGCUACUGUGAAAUUAUAAUAAUGCACUCAGAUAGAUAGAUGGACAAUGACUCCUCCAGAUAAUUUUCCAUCCCAAGAAUUUCCUUAAAAAAUUAUUGGGUAAAAUUUCAUAAGCCAUAAGAUAAUGUGUCAUUUUACUUCCAUUUGUUUACUAAAAAGCAAUUUAUUUGCCUGGUGUUUUAUAAAGAUACACUUCAGAAAACUGGUUGCUAUAAAAAAUGAUAAUAAGUUAAAAAAUAUGAUUAUGUAAUAAAGUGUAGUUUGUGAAACUAAAUAAUUUAAAAUAAAACAUUGUUUCACAAUGUAAAUGGGGAUGGGGGGAUCUUAGGGGUUGGAGAAUAGAGAAAAUAGCAAGUACUCUAAGCUUCAUUCCCUGGAUUUGAGCUUGGAUGUAGAGUAUUGUAGAACCUUUUUCUUUUCAGAUCUCACUAUUAUUCUCAAACAGUUUUAUGUUGCUUCGGAAGAUGUAGAAAGUAACUAUAGUUGUGUUUUUUAUCACAAAUACACAAUUUCCUUCUACUUGAAAAAUGUCAUUCACUGUGCUCACCUAAGAUAGAAAAAAACAAUCAUUUGCCAUUUUCAAGAUUUCUCUUGGAAAACCAAAGAUUGAGAAGUAAUUCCAGUGUCAUCUAUGAAAAGCAAACUUCCAGGCUCUUAUUCUGAGGAAAAAACAUAUUUUUGGUCUCCAACAAAGCAGUAUUGUCAACUGUGUCUGCUUAGCUGCUAUGAAAUAAUGCCUGAAAAUAUCUUACAGGAACUUCUGUUUAAACCACAACAUUCCAGUGAAACAAUUGGUUUUUCUCAUCCAAGCAAGACUCAUAACACCUGACUUACCAAGAACAAUUGAAGAAACAAUUGUUUUCAAGAAAUAUCUCCAGAAAUGUCCACCAAGAAUAUGCAAAUUGCUUUACAUUCCUAUAUCUAAGUUAGCACUCUAUAUUGUUUUAAAAGACCUAUAUGGGACAUCUAUUUAGUCUAGUCAUCAUUCCUGAGUAUCCAAAUGGGAAAAUCAUCAUUUCUUUGAAGCUAAAAAUAUAAGAAGGGAAACCUCAUUAAUAUACUCUUCAUUAUCCUCAUCAUCCUCAAGAUACUAUGAUCUUAUUUAAAAUCUGAAUUCCUUCUUGGUACAUGCUGUGCUUUUUGUUUUUUCUUCUUAAUUUCUUUAAAAAUCACACAAUAUUUUGUGUAAUUUCCUUCUGUUAUUUCUCUCUGAUGAAGUACUGUGGUCUUUUUAACUAAAGGAUAAGACCUGAUUGGGGAAAUGCCUGAACCUUCUGUAAUUGUAUUUUGUCUGCUUGUUUGUUUAGUGGAACCCAUUUAGGAAAUAGCCUAGUUUGAAUCUGUGCACUCAGCAGUUGAACUAUUUUAAUUAAAAGAUUUUGUUCCAAUAUGCUCCAAAAAAUCAACAUGAGACAAAAAAGAGCCCUAUAUUUCUAUCAUUCACUCAGCAAUCAUGACACAAAUAAAUAGUAUUCUCGAGAACUUUGUUAUCUCAAGGAAUAAGUAGCCAAACUGUAAUAUCAGAAUGCCAAGUUGCUAUACCCCAAACACAAUUUCUAGCAUCACCUCCUUGCAGAAUACUACCUUGGAGAUCCUCUGAAAUUCUAGAGGUCACUUCUCUGAGGAUUUUCCCAACUGAGAAAAACAAAAUUUAAUGAUUUAUAAUAUCCUCUAGUAAUAAAAGUUUAUUAUAUCAACCAUUUAUUCCUCUUUUGGAGUAGAUUAAAGUAGUUGAAGCCUGGGGUAACAGUCCUAGAGGUCCCUUCCAAUGAGGACUUAUAUCCAAAAUAAUUGAAUUAUAAUGAAAAAUGGAAGUUCUGAGAAGUAUAAGGUGGCAGUUCUUCAAACUUUUCCCCAUUAUUGUAAUACUCUGACCAAAAAUGUUUGUUACACUGUCACUUUCAUUUUUCCUGAAAUUCCCAGACCUGAUAGAUACCAAAUGGAACCUUCUGUCAUAUUUUGUUUGCUUGUUUGUUUAGCAGAAACAAUUUAGAAAAUAGCCUGGUUUGAAUCUAUGCACACAGGAGAUGAACUGUUUUAAUUAAAAGUCUAGGUUCCAAUAUGCUUCUUCUAUUUUUAUAUUCACAUAUCAGGCCAAACUUACUCAUAUGAAAAAGCAAAUUUAUCAGUAGAGAAAAUGCCUUCAACUAGCCUGUGGUUGUUUAAAUAGUGUCACUAGUUUUAAUCAUAUUAUAAAGAUGACCCAAAUUCUAUUAAAUUCAUGUAUCACUUCAGGGAAGUACCAUAGUUAAAAUGAAGUCACAUUUUUUCAAGUGGAAAUAACUUCUAGUUUUGUAAUUAUGGGUAGGUAAAUGAGGAAAAAAAGGAUGUGGCUCCAAAUUUUUUUAGUUACAUUUUUCCAUGAAAAGUAGUUUUAGCUUUUCAAAUUACUUUAUAUCACAUCUGAAUAGUAGCAAAAUAUAUCCUUAUCUUCCAGCAAUCCUUUUCCAAAGCAACAGUCCUUUGCAUUUUUUAAUAGAUUUUAUUUGAUCAUUUCCAAGCAUUAUUCAUUAAAGACAUAGAUCAUUUUCUUUUCCUCCCUCCCACCCCCCAUAGCCGACGUGUAAAUCCACUGGGCAUUACAUGUUUUCUUGAUUUGAACCCAUUGCUUUGUUGAUAAUAUUUGCAUUAGAGUGUUCAUUUAGAGUCUAUCCUCUGUCAUGUCCCCUCAACCUCUGUAUUCAGGCAGUUGCUUUUUCUCAGUGUUUCCACUCCCAUAGUUUAUCAUUUGCUUAUGAAUAGUGUUUUUUUCUCCUAGAUCCCUGCAGAUUGUUCAGGGACAUUACACCGCCACUAAUGGAGAAGUCCAUUACGUUCGAUUAUACCACAGUGUAUUAGUCUCUGUGUACAAUGUUCUCCUGGUUCUGCUCCUCUCGCUCUGCAUCACUUCCUGGAGGUUGUUCCAGUCUCCAUGGAAUUCCUCCACUUUAUUAUUCCUUUUAGCACAAUAGUAUUCCAUCACCAACAUAUACCACAAUUUGCUCAGCCAUUCCCCAAUUGAUGGGCAUCCCCUCGUUUUCCAGUUUUUGGCCACCACAAAGAGCGCAGCUAUGAAUAUUUUUGUACAAGUCUUUUUGUCCAUUAUCUCUUUGGGGUACACACCCAGCAGUGCUAUGGCUGGAUCAAAGGGUAGAUAUUCUUUUGUCGCCCUUUGGGCAUAAGUCCUUUGCAUUUUUAUUUGAUCCUACAGAGACCAAAUCUUUGCAGCUGAAAAAUCUUGUUAUAUUUCUCAAUAAAUAUUUAAUGAACAAGGCACAUGGAAUACAUAAGGGCAUUACCCAUCUGGUGGUUUUUGUUGGGUGCAGGAAAACAAAAUGUUAAAUAAAAUGAUGUUACUGAGGGUAAAUAAUUCUAUGGGGAAAUUUUAUCAAUAUGUUUUUCAAGGAACUUGUUAUGUAUCAAUAAUACUUUAACAAUAUUACGGAUGGCAGAAUAUCAUGUGGAGUAUUCUUGUACAGAAUUGGCAAAAUUCCAAUCAUUUGUUCCACACUGGAACACUUCAGUGAUUAUAAAUAUAUGGAUAUUGGGAAGGAAAAGGAUUGUGAUAUUCAAUUAUUCUCAGCAAUCUCACUAGGGAGUAGAAAAGCUAUUUUUAGCUUAAGCUAUUCUUCUCUGUGUUUCAUAAAUAGAAAGUUCAAAGUUUUUUAUAUAAUGAGUGAAUGGAAAGUCUCCCACUAUGUAGCAACUAACAUCUCUCAUAUGGCUAUUUGGAUAAUUACUCACUUUCUAGUCUGGCUAGCAGACUUUCUCUCCCAAUGGCAGUCCUUCCCAGAGAAGGACUAUCACCACACAGUUACCUUCAGGGUUCUCAGUCAUCUUUCUGGGGGUGGGGGUGGGGGGAAUUAUGCAGAAAAUACUUUUAAAUUUAAUCUGAAUAUUAACAUUUUUCCAUCACUUAUUAAAAGCUAACAACAAAACGAUAUGUCAAAUCUUGAUUUGUAGCAUUUGCUGAUUUCCAAAGAGAAAUUUUCACACUGAAAAUUUAGCAGCUGGCUCCAGAAUACCUCUUGUCCUAAGAGUAAACCUAUUCACUAUUCAAAAUCUUGAUAUUUCUUUGGCACAUUUCAAAUUCCACAAGAAGCUACUUGUAGUAAUGAAACUUAGAUAUUAAACAUAUUUAUAAUAUAAUAUAAAUAUAACACUAAGGUAAAAAUGACAACUUUAUCACAAAUAGUAAAAUAAAUGAAUGAACAAUAAAUAUGUCACAGUCUAUACAUCAUCUAUGACAUAAAUCUGGGUCACAUGAAAGUCUAUAUGAUCAAGGUAAUAUAACCAGAACUUUAAACUCCAGUAAUUUCUGUCUGUUUUGGGAACCUUCCAUAAAAGUUCAUUGAUGAGUCUAGUUUCUAUGUUGAUUAACUACUUCCAUUGCUAAACUGAAUCCAAACUGCUUGAAUGGAUGCCAAAGUCAAAUUAGUUGGUCCAAUGAAUAAAUUAUCUGUUUCUCUACUUCCAGUCUGUUCUUCUGCUUAACUAGACUUUACUCUUCAAUAGCAAUUGCAGCAUUGCUGCAAUGGUUCUGAUGUCCAUAACUUUCUAAUAUAUUACAUUUUGUCCCCUUCAAAACUUAGAAGCAAUUUAGCACUCCAGUUAUAACCUCUCUAGAGAAAAGUUCUAUAGAACCAUUACCUCCUUUGACCUGGAAGUUGUAUUUAUGCAUUCCAAUAUUACAUUAGGUCAGUUUUGUUUGGCUGUCAUGUCACAUUAGCAAACAAUAACUACUUCAGAGGAACUAUUUAUCUUAAAACACUGAGCAGAUUUAACUCAGCAACAAACCAUAAAGGGAUAAUAUCUCACACUUUUAAAAAAGUCUCUCUAUUCAUUUGACCUGAGUUGAUUUUUUACUACUUAAAAUAUCUUAAUGAUCUUGCACUAGUGUCUCUUUUCACCCUUACAUACAGAACACUAUGAGAAAGCAUCCCUCCUGGCUUCUGAAAUACUUCUCAUACUCUGGGCAAAGGAGACAAUAAUAGGCAGGGAAUAGUAAGCAAUUCUCUCUCUGUCUGCCUGCCUCUCUGUCUCUGUCUCUGUCCAUCUUUGUCUCUGUCUCCACAUGAUAUUCUGCCAUCCCUAAUAUUGUAAAAGUAUUAUUGAUACAUAAGAACAAACUUCUUAACAAUACUCUGUCUCUGUGUCUCUCUCUGUCUCACUGUCUCUCUGUCUCUGUCUCUGUCUGUCUCUCUCUCUCCUUGAAGUCAAACUCGGGUUUUCCUGUCACUGACUACAAAGGAUUCUCCU